GUAGUCACUCCAUAACAAUUUUAGCACGUUAGGAUGAUCCUCUGUUUUGAGCAAGUAACCAGCUACCAUGUAUUUGGGGUUGAAAUAUUCACAAUAGAGUGAUGAAACCUCAUUCUUGGCGGAAAUUAGAAGGAAUACAAUAUAUUUAAAUAAUUUUGCAGAGUGACUCACAACAAGGUGGAUUCUCUACAACUGGGAUGUAUCUAGAAAUCUUUGUCGGGACAACACGUACCCCUCCGAAUGCUGUUAUUCAUGCAGUCUCAGACUAGGAGGAUUAUUUCGUCUGGUUAGCUAACUAGCUAGUCAGCUAGCACGCUAAUGUUGGCUUGCCAGCGGUUGUUUCACUGGCUGGCCCGUAAGCGUGAGUUGUGUUAUCCAAAAAGGACAAUAUAACUCUUUUAGAAUUACCUUUGUCCCGCGAAGAACCAAGCUGCAGAGACCCCCUAAUUAGGCGUUAGCUAGCUUUCCAGCUAGCUAGCUAGCUAACAUCCUCACACGGGACUGUUCCAUACAAGUAGUAGCUAGCUGACGACGAGCUAGCUACCACCCCCACACGGCAUCGACAACAAAAAAUCAAGAGGGCCAUGUCGUCCACGCCAGCCGGACCGCCGUCGGUGGACAAGGUGGACGGCUUCACCCGCAAGUCUGUGCGGAGAGCCCGGCAGAGGCGGGCACAGAGCUCGUCCCAGUUCCGCGCUCAGGACAAGCCCAUUGAGCUCACCCCCUUGGCACUGCUCAAAGAUGUGUCUGCGCAGGAGCAGCCGGAGCUGUUUGUCAAGAAGCUGCAACAGUGUGGCACACUCUUCGACUUCAUGGAGACGCUGUCCGACCUCAAGAUGAAGGAGUACAAGCGCUCCACACUCAACGAGCUGGUGGACUACGUCACCGUCAGCCGGGGCUACCUGACCGAGCAGACCUACCCAGAGGCGGUCAAGAUGGUGUCCUAUAACAUCUUCCGGACACUUCCACCCAGUGACAGCAAUGAGUUUGACCCUGAGGAGGACGAACCCACACUGGAGGCCUCUUGGCCUCACUUACAGCUGGUCUAUGAGUUCUUCAUCCGUUUCCUGGAGAGCCAGGAGUUCCAGCCCAGCGUGGCCAAGAAGCAUAUAGACCAGAAAUUUGUCUUGCAGCUGCUGGAGCUGUUUGACAGUGAGGACCCGCGUGAGAGGGACUGCCUGAAAACGGUUCUGCACAGAAUCUAUGGGAAGUUCUUGGGCCUGCGGGCUUUCAUCCGCAAACAGAUCAACAACAUUUUCUUAUGUUUUGUCUAUGAGACGGAGCACUUCAGUGGUGUGGCUGAGCUGCUGGAGAUCCUGGGCAGCAUCAUCAAUGGCUUUGCUCUGCCGCUGAAGGCCGAACACAAGCAGUUCCUGGUCAAAGUCUUACUGCCGCUGCACACUGUCAAGAGCCUGUCACUCUUCCACGCACAGUUGGCCUAUUGUAUUGUACAAUUCUUAGAAAAGGAACCAAUGUUAACAGAGCCAGUAAUCAGAGGCUUGCUGAAAUUCUGGCCCAAAACCUGCAGUCAGAAAGAGGUGAUGUUUCUGGGCGAGUUGGAGGAGAUCCUGGAUGUGAUCGAGCCCGCCCAGUUUGUCAAGAUUCAGGAGCACCUCUUCAAGCAGAUCUCCAGAUGUGUGUCCAGCCCCCACUUCCAGGUGGCGGAGCGUGCUCUCUACUACUGGAACAACGAGUACAUCAUGAGUCUGAUCGAGGAGAACUCCAACGUCAUCCUGCCCAUCAUGUUCGCCAGCCUCUACCGCAUCUCCAAAGAGCACUGGAACCCGGCAAUCUCAGCUUUAAUCUACAACGUGCUCAAGGCCUUCAUGGAGAUGAACAGCACCUUGUUCGAUGAGCUUGCCGCCACCUACAAAGCCGAGCGCCAGAGGGAAAAGAAGAAGGAGAAGGACCGUGAGGAGCUGUGGCGGCAGCUGGAGGAGCUGGAGCUGAGGAGGGCCAUCCAGAACAGCGACGCCUCUGCCCCCGCCAUCCCCACCUAACACUGCAGCAGCACCCUCAGCCUUCCUCCACCCUCCUCUCCCUCACCUCACCUCACUCGUCCUCCAUCCAAUCACAUCUCCCCCACCUGCUGGGAGAGAAGAAUAUAGGGAUGGAGAGAGAGAGAGAGAGAUGGAGAGAGGGAGGACGAAAGAGAGAGAGAGAGAGACACGUCUCACCUCAUACCAUGCUCCUUACUUUACUGUAGAGUUCCACUGCACCCCCCCCUUUUUUGAUUUUGUGUCUCAAUAGCACUGUAAAUAUUUUUAUCCUCUCUUGUUUUAGCCUCCUGAUGACAACUACACUGAAAGGAAAAUGAAAAUUACAAAAAAAGAAGGAACAAAAACAAACAAAAAAACAACAACGACUGAACAAGCUAUAGAAUUGUGUAUACCUGUGGGAAGAAUAAGAGUUGAAUGCACUCCGCUUUGAGCUUUGGUUUUUGUUUCAUUUUGGAGUCUACAGAAAGAAUGAAAUGAAUGAUUUUAAAUAUGAGAAGAUAAUCAACCCUGAUAGAUUGAUGUCGGGGUCGCCUCUUACUGUCCUCCUCCUGCUCUCCGAGCCAGCUGAGGCCAUGUCUUAUCCUUUUUCUUUUUUUUUUGUUCCUCCUUUCUUUUGUCUCUUGUUGAAUUAUUUGCAAAGAAAGGGACUGUAGAAUCCCCCUAUUUCUUCAAAGCCAGCAGCUAAGCAACUAAGAGGAGGAACUGAGGCCUCACUUACCAAUUCUCCAAAUGGCGCCUCAGCAAAGAUGUUUUGUUCAGCGAACACAAGCCUCUGUCCAUCCCAGGACACCAGCCGGCGGAGGGAUAACAUUAGAACAAAUCGAAGAAGUGAAGGGAGAGGAAAGAAGUCGUCCCAUCAGUCGCUCGUUUCCUUCACUUGACCAAUGGCUCCGCUCCCUUCUGCCUCAAUAGACUUUUGUAAAAUAAACCAGCAUUUUUCUUCAGAAACCUCCAGACCAAUAGCACUUCUCUCCUCUCCUCUCCUCUCCUCAACUCACCUCGGCUCCUCAUCCACAUCCACAUCCACAUCCAUUGGUUGGUGCUAGUCAGGCACUGGCGCCCUCUCGGCCAAUCCGCUGUCAGGUUUUAAGGCUGGCCUCAAGUGUGUGGCUCAACCCCUGACCCCUUUAUCCUUCUCCCAUCCCUGAAGGAGUUUUAUUUUUCUAUAUGUGUUGGGGAAAAAAAACAACAAAAACAACUAGGCAGCGACCUGGUUUGUGUUCUAACGUGUUAAUCCUUAUCCCUUAUGUGGGGGAUCCCUGAGGAACUGACCCUCCUUAGAUAUGUGGAUGUGUGUGAUCACCCUUUACGAAUUUUAGAGCUGUCCCGACGGCCCCCUCCAACUAGACAGGUGGCGCUGUUGAUGACGAGGACUUCUAAGAAUCGGGUUUCGAAGUGUGGUGUUCACAAUCCAGUUCAGUAGUAUGUUUUCUAAGAUGGACUUAAAAUGCUUUGAGACCGGGUCCUGCUUUCACCAUUUCUGGAGACUAGUCUCUAUUUUAUUCAGUCGUCUUGGGGGCUUGGCUCUUGCCUGACUGAGUUGUACCAGCGCCUUGCCUGGUCUGUUAGGCAUCCCUUCGUGAAGCCCUCCAGUGAUGUGAACAAAGUAAAAACCAGCAUGGUAGGGGGACCACCAGGACUUGGGUUUGGAGAUGGUUGCAUCAUACUGCAGAAGUCCAUAAACCAGGAAAAAAAAAAAACAACGGGGUGCCAGUGUUUUGAGAGGAGUGUAUAAGAGCACUUACUUUUAAUGGUAUCCAGUGUAUUUUCUGAUAGAUUUUUUUUUGUCUUUUCUGAAGGAUGUGGUGUUUCAAGGAGAGA